GGUUAAACAGCAAUAAAGAUCAAACUAGCACAGAGUCACUGGCUUCCUAAAAGCAGGGUAACUACGUCGAUCUACUAGUGGUUUAACUGGGUGGUCAUCAGCUUGCUUGAGGAUGAAAAAAUCAGCUCAGCCCUCCUUAUCAUCCAUCAAAGAAGAGCUACUGGUGAGGGAGAUCACCUUCACUCACAACCCUGAUGAUCGUUACCUUGAUGCUGAGGUGCUGCUACGACUAAUUGAGGCUGCGUCUCACCCUAUGACUAUGACACAGAAGGAUCUUGAAUCUCAUAUUGAUACAAUUAGCACCCGUGACAUUGAUUUAACUGGAUCAGAAGGACCACUCUCCCUCGUCAUCUACAAUGUCUCAAAUCAGAUUGUCAGCCAAUGCCUUGGGCAAGAGAAUCUGCACGAUAAAACAUUGUCGUUGCUCAAAGCACUAGGCCAUCAUAGAUGGGAUGCGAAAGUUGUUAUAACUCUCGCAUCUUUUGUGCAGAGUUUCACACUAUUUCGGCUCAUAUCACAACUAAAAUCUGAUAAUGCACUAGCAGCCGCACUUGCAACAUUUAAGCGGAUUCCCAGGGCAGCCACUGUGCUAAAUCCAAGAUUUAAGGCUGUAAACAAGUUGAUCAACACUAUGCUGAAGGUAGCUAAAAUCAUAAUCAGAUUUGAGGGAAUGUCUGUGCAGCAUGAACUUCUGGAUGCCGACGUGUUGGGCAUCACAAAGUCAAGGAUCUACGCAGCCACCUACUGGAUCUUUAGAAGCAUAUUAAUGUGCUCUUUACAGUUCAGAUACGCAGAACUUGAUGAUGAGCAACAUAACUCUGCAGUCAGAUACUCAGAUAAAGCUGUUAUUGCAACAUGGGGACUUCACACUGUUGGCAGUAAGCUGAGCGGUUUGUGCAGUGGUCUUGGAGAACAUGUUGACAAGUGCCAGCAGCAGAUAGAUGCAAGGUUGUAUGACAAGCUGCUAAGUAUAUUAUCAAAGGAGAACCAUGGCGACAACCAAAAGACACUGAGGGCCUUAUUUGCUUCGCAGAAUGAGUUGCCCGUGAGGAAUUCUUCAACAGGAGACAAGUGUGGUAUUCUUGAAUUAAGAAACAAGGUGGUCAUGCUCUUGAUCUCCAAGCCAAAUCUGAUGCCACUAGACAAGAUUUUUCUGCUGGUGCAGCGGAUACAUGAUCAUCCACAAAGGAAGACACUAGAGGGAAGCUAUGCCAUAGUAUGGCUUCCGGUUUCAUCGUCGCGCGAGUGGAGUGUUGAGGAAAAGUGCAGUUUUGAAUUCUUGUCGAAUCGCUUGCCUUGGUUCUCAAGCAGAAGGCCGUGGUUGUUGAAUUUGACUGUAGCCAAAUAUAUCCAACGGGAAUGGAAGUUUGAGGAAGAAGCCAUAAUGGUUGUCUUGAAUGAAAAUGGUAUGGUUUCAAAUACGAACGCAAUGGAUCUGGUUUGGAUAUGGGGACUCGAAGCAUUUCCUUUUUCUAGUUCAAGAGAAAAGGAGAUGUGGGAACAGGAGAACUGGAUGCAAGACUUGCUGGUUGCAGCGGGUUUGGGGGCAGAAGCAGUGAAAAAUCAGGUGUGCAUUUGUGGAAGCGCGGACAUUGUCUGGAUGAGAGAGUUUGCUGGAAUGAUGAAGAAAGCCAUAAAGAGGGGAGGGAGAGGGAGAGGGAGAGGGAGUGAGGUUGAAGUGAUAUACGUAGGAUGCAGGAAAGCUGGUGAAGAUGUGAAAGCCAUAAUAGAGUGCAUUGAGGAGGAGGAGCUGUGCAGGUCCCUGACAUUGAGAAUGGUGCAGCUGUUCUGGGCGAAGUUGGAGAGCAUACGAAGAAGACGAGGGCGGUUUCUGGUCCGCGGAGAAGGAGAUGAUAGCGGGAGCAUCGCUGCUAAGCUGGCAGAGUUGGUGGAGGUGGAAGAGAAUGGCAACUGGGCGGUAGUGAUGAGCAGGGGGGCGGAUGUGGUGAAACUUGAUGACGAUGCAGACAGGCUCAAAGAGUGCUGCUUGCUGCAACUGUUUCCUCCAUUAUGGGGUAAGAAAUCAGCGUCUUCGUCUUCAUCUUCAGCCUCAUCAGGCGCUGAGGGGUUAUUGGGUGCUGUAAGGAGCGCCCUCCAACGACGACGACCACCUCGCUGCUGCAGUGAUCAUAGCCAAGCCUCAGUGAUGCCCUAUGAUCAUCUCCAUGAGGCAGAGGCAGAGGACGAGGAGGGGAUGAGGUGUGGAGAGUGCAGAAGGCGCCUGGACAAGUUUGUUGUGUACAAGUGUGAUGGAAAUAAAGAGUAAGCAGGCAC